AACAAAGCCAAAACAUCUUUACAAACAGUCUAUAGCACUGCAAGCUCCAAUCAAUGGAGUCUAUGCUCUGUCUUCUCUCACCAUCUCCUACAAAGCUCUCUCCUUUCAAGAAACUAACUUCAACUUGUGCCUUAAAAACUACAUUUUCCUCUUUAUCAUUUGCUUCCAUGACCUCUCCUCCACAGCCAAAAACACCCUCUACAAAAAAACUCUCUUCUUCAAAACCCACCAAAACCCUAUCUCCAAAAACACCCACAACAUCAACGAGUGUUCAAGAAACAAGCACUCCAUUCUCUCCUCCUCUCAAAAAGGUUCUGGUGCCAAUAGGUUUUGGUACAGAAGAAAUGGAAGCAGUUAUUAUCGUUGAUGUUUUGAGGAGAGCUGGUGCUGAGGUAAUUGUUGCUUCAGUAGAACCACAGCUUGAAGUUGAAGCUGCAGGUGGCACUAGGCUUGUUGCUGAUACCUCCAUUUCCAAAUGUGCCAAUGAAGUUUUCGAUCUUGUUGCUUUGCCGGGAGGAAUGCCAGGCUCCGCAAGGUUGAGAGAUUGUGAAGUUCUCAGGCAAAUUACAAGCAAACAAGCUGAGGAUAAGAGAUUAUAUGGAGCUAUAUGUGCCGCUCCGGCAAUCACUCUUCUUCCAUGGGGCCUUCUGAGGAGAAAGCAGAUGACAGGUCACCCUGCAUUUAUGGACAAGCUUCCUACUUUCUGGGCUGUUGCAUCAAAAAUUCAAGUUUCAGGAGAGCUUACAACAAGCCGCGGUCCAGGAACUUCUUUCGAGUUUGCUCUAUCCUUAGUAGACCAGCUGUUUGGAGAGUCUGUUGCCAAGGAGGUUGGACAAUUGUUGCUAAUGCAAGCUGAUGAUGACACCCAGAGAAAAGAAGAAUAUAACAAAGUUGAAUGGUCUUUUGAUCACAAUCCUCGUGUUCUCCUUCCAAUUGCAAAUGGUUCUGAAGAGAUUGAAAUAGUUGCUAUUGUAGAUAUUUUAAGGCGGGCAAAGGUGGAUGUUGUGGUUGCUUCAAUUGAAAAAUCAGUGCAAAUUUUGGCAUCACGAGGCAUAAAAAUUGUCGCUGACAAGUUAAUUGGUGAUGCUGCUGAAUCAGUAUAUGAUCUAAUCAUUCUACCAGGAGGAAAUGCUGGGGCUGAGCGGCUACACAAAUCUAAGGUUCUAAAGAAGCUGCUCCAAGAGCAAUAUACAGCUGGCAGAAUAUAUGGAGCAGUUUGUUCUUCCCCUGCAGUUCUUCACAGACAGGGUUUACUAAAGGAUAAGAGAGCCACUGCACACCCCUCUGUUGUGACCAACCUAAACAAUGUAUCAAAUGGUGCCAAAGUAGUUAUUGACGGUAAAUUGAUCACAAGCAAGGGACUUUCUACCGUAACAGAUUUUGCUUUGGCUAUUGUGAGCAAGCUUUUUGGCCAUGCAAGGACAAGAUGUGUAGCUGAGGGCCUUGUUUUUGACUAUCCCAGGAGUUAGGCCAUCAGGUCCUUCUGGACGAAAGGCAAUUUGGAAGAUCCCUGUUCCAUGGAGAACAGUCUAUUCCCUGAACUCAUAUCAGCCAGUUAAGAAAGAAAAUCCUCUUUCUGAGGUGCUUGCCUAAUGGAUAUUUACGAGACUCAUGUUCGUCCAGAUACAGAAUCCUGAUUGCUUUUUUGGAUAGCAGAACGAGGGAGAGUUGACAUUUGCCUGUCUGUGAAGCCCAAAGCUACUCGCCCAAUGGCGAUUAACAGAAGAUGUGUUGUGAGCUGAAGCUAACAUCUCCAAAUGUCUGCUGAAGAACAGACUUGUUUGCAAACUUUAUAUGAUAAUUCAGUGCCGAACAGUAUGAAUGGACAUAGAAAUGGCUCUGUGUAACAACUGGGCAACGCAGCUGCUUUUUAUUCAUCCCAUCUUGCUCAUGUUGCAUUAGCAACACCAGGGAUUUCAGUUCGGACCUGUGUUAUUGUGGACUUUUUCUCGUUGCCAACGAAUGAUAAAGAUUACAAGCUUAAAUCA